CAGGAGUAGAAGAUGGGACAAAGCAAAAAGCACAGCCGAAGAACGAGCAAAACUAUAUAAAUACACAAAACACACACAUAAAUAUGACCUUUUUCUUAAGCUACCCAAAGUAAAACAAAAAAAAGAAAGUCUUAGCUAAAAUACCCGUUACUUGACAUUUGAGUGAAACCCAAGGUGGAAACACAAACACACACACACAAUACCAACCAAGCAAACAACCAAACCAAACCAAGCAAACAAGCAAACUCUAGAGAAAUCUAAAAACAGACGAACGAAUAGAGAGCGUGUUACUUACCAAUUUUUUCCAAAUACUACAAAUAAACGGAAUACCCAUAGAGAAAAGGUACAGCGCGACGGCAUUUCCAGGGACAGAGUCGACUGCGGGAAGGACGGCAACGGCAGCAACGGCAGCAGUAGCUUACUCGGAAGCCCCUUCCGCUACCGGGAGGUUGUGCUGAGUAGGCCCCGAAACCCCGGAGGUUAAGCUCUCCGGGCUGCUGUAAAUAGCAUGCUAGCAAAGUAUUUGGUUACUUCGAUCGAAAUGAAGGUCGUCGUCAGCGAACGAGCAGGAAAAGGCAGGUAGUGUACGGGGCUUCGUCCGUUUUUCUUCACCUGGGCUACCGGUUUUUACAUCUUUAGCUCUCGGGUUUAGGAUUUAUCAGCUCCUUUCCGUUACUCUAUAGGAACUCUAGGCUGCUAGAUGAUAUCGUUUCAAUGGUAGAGCAACAGACACAGUCACGGGCAGAGUAGGGCAUAGAGUGCGAGCAAGAGAGAGUAUGACAGAGAGAGAAAGGAUGCUGGAUUGUGUUUCUAUUGCGCGCCAAUCAUCACGAACGACACUAGAAGAGAUACCUUCUCUUUCCUUCUCGCGUUUUCCUUCCGCGUUUCCGACGUAGUAAGCGGCGCAAAACCCCUAACCUAGAAACUUUCCCACAAUUUACAACGUCGUUUCCCCUACGCGGGCUGGCCACAAUUUCUUUAGUGCGCUGAGUGCUUUUAAUGUAGCCAAAUGGAUGCAACAGAGAGCGAGCGAGUGCUCGGCAAACCACGGAAGCCAUUCCAUAGAAAUGGGAAGGUGUGGGAGGGGAGGGGAGGACAACGCCCCUCUCCCUCUCCCACCCACCCCCUUUAGCCUAGGGUUAAAUACAACUUGCGUUCCAUUACGACAAAGGGAUAACAUGAAUCAAAUGUACAUCGUAGCGUAGUAGAAGCGCCUAGUGAAGAGCAACUCCAAACCCGCACACACACACACACUCAUACGCACACCCACACACCCACACCCACACACACACACAAUCAGCAAACUCUCACCUACGCACCUAGAGAGACAAUUUCGAGAACCCUUAGCAGGUGGGAGGAUCACAAAAUGCCAAACUCAUUAUUGAAACGAACGAACGAAUACGAAUACUGAAACUCAUACCACCACCACCACCACCACCACAAGAGACACACAUACAUACCAGGUGCACAGCAUCCGGGCCAGCUAUAGGGUCCGGGGGCGGGAGGCGGUUGUGGAAAAGUAAUGUUCAAACGGUAAACGAAAAAAAAAAACGGAAAAGAGUGCGAGGAGUGGAAAAGGAGAAAAGGCAGACGAGCUGGACAUUCCGCCAACACAAUAACAAUAACUAAUUAGAGAGAGAAGGAUAUGUUUCAUGUGGCCAAACAAAAAAGAACCUUGAAAGCUUCGUCUGUGUGUGUGUAGGUGGCAUUAACGGACCACCACCUCACCCUUUACUGGAACGUCGCGUGAUGGGGGAGGGAGUGAUGGUGACGGGGGGGUGAAGGGAAGAGGAAGCUUAGCUAAUUCAUUUUCCAACCAUCCGGCCAAUGCGCGAGGUCAAAACAAUUGCAUACAAUCCCUCCAUGAUGAUGAUGAUGAUGAAAAUGAUGAUGAUGAUGUAGAGUACCGCAGUCGUCCUUUGCAGCUGUUUUUUCUAACAUUCCAUUGCAUACCUAACCCCCCCUUUCCUCCAUCUCCCGUUCCCUCCAACUCUUCACGAAUAAGAUGGCCAUGGGCUGGUUGGUCCGCAGGGCUGUUAUCGAUUUGUCUGUCCCUCCCCGUCCCCCCCAAAAUUAGUGCUCAUACAAUUAUUGUUAAUCGAAGAAGAUUGUCACAGAAACGAAAGAGAAAAAUAGAGAAAAGGAGAAUCACAGAACGAGAGAGAGAGAGAGAGAGAGAACCAUCGAAGAGAGGUAGUAAGGAUGAACGCUGCUCGAUCCAUUGUCAAUUGAAGCGAAGCGAAGAGAAAUGUGUGUCUGUUAAUAUGUGUUAAUAUGUAUGUGUGUUUGUGUGUCUCGCAUGCGUGGACCUCGCGCUCGCUGGGGCCUCAUCUAGUAGUCCAUGUUGAUUUGUUUUUUUGGCAUCGAAAACGCAUCGUUCGCAAAGUAUGUUGAUAAAUUAUUAAAGCAAAAUAACAAAGUUUAGGCUGCACAAAUGCUGCACACAAAAAAGAAAACAAUUCUCACACAGGAGGAAGAGAGGUUAGAUCACGCGGUUAGAUUGUUGGGCUGGUGAUCGUCUCUGUGAGAGAAUAGCGAGGGGGAAAUUAAUCGUUGGCCAGUGGGGCAGUGGAGUGUAGCUAGGGUUGCUUUGGUUUUGAAAACACCGUUUCCCUCCAUUUUGCGGUUGCAUUUGGUUGAUAUUUCGUUUCGUUGCUUUGUCGUUGUGUUACAUUCACAUCGUGAGAUUGACCGAGCCAAGCCAAGCAUAAGACACGAUGGUCUUGCAAUAAAUUUGCAUAAGAUAGACAGGAGAGACAGCAAGAUGCACUACGCCAUAGCAGCUAAAGCUGUUGUGAGCUACCACCAACUGUAAAUCCCAGGAUAGUGGUGAUCGGAGCAGCAUGAACCACAGCGAAGCGAAGCGAAUAGUGAAAAUGUUUUUGUGACGAUCAUGGGAAAUGCGCAGCAUAGGAAGAAAAGAAAAUGGGGGUAAAUAAGUAGCAAGAUAAGCAUUUUAACAUUCAAACCAGACACACGUACACAGGGAGCCACACUCACCCAUACACCAUGACACACACACCAGAUGACAGAUGGAAGAAAGAUGGGCGACUAGCGGACGGGAAAAGAUGGUGAAUCGAGUUCCAGCAUCCUUACACUUCUAUUGCAUGAGUAAUAAACAGAC